GGAAAAACAUGUCGAGGAAAACAAACAUCGUGAAAGCUGUCCUGUGGUGAAAAGGCGAAAAUUUCUACCUCAGUUCAUUACAUUUGGGACGGCAUUUCACAAAGGCCAUCUGCAACUGAACGUCACCUAAAUAUUUAGAAUAGGACGUACAUUUCGGAAAAGACUCAAGGAUUCAUAAUUUUAUGAAUUGGGGUCGUUCAAGUACAAACAAACGGUACGUACAGUAGCUCAGUAAAACAAGAUUGUGUUUGGCUUUCGGUAUUUUGCUCUGAUCGGAAACUGAUUAUUUUCCCCCGACAUGAUUCGGACAGCUUGGAGAGCUGUUUCAAGAGCCCCUGAUUUCCACAAAAACAUCGGUGCACUUAAAAUCAAACAUGUGAAAUUAGUUCGCCGUGGUUGCAAUGGGUCGCCUCACCGAUCCAAGUCCACGGCUGCUGCGCCUCAAAAAAAGACCGAUGACGAAAUUUGUCCAGCGGAAAAAUCAGUGAACUCCCAAGCCGGCCUGGAAACAACAUUAAAAGGAACAGGAGGGCAAAGAUUAGGCAACGAUGGACAUCCUUCCAUUGAUCUCACUUUUAACAACGCACAUGAAGCUUUCAGAAGUAAAUCCACUUUGGAGUUGAUGAGAGCGUUGUUUGUGUUCAACCUGUGCUCUGUGAAUUUCUUGGUGGAACGAAAUAAAGAGAUUCUCAAAAUGGUCCGAAAGUUACUCGGAAAGAGGCUCUUCACCAAAGUGAUGAAAAUGACAUUUUACGGUCACUUUGUGGCUGGUGAGGAUCAUAUAGCUAUAAGACCCGUCAUCACACGUAACAGACAGUAUGGCGUCAAGUCUAUCCUGGAUUACAGUGUGGAGGAAGAUUUGUCAACUGAGGAGGCUGUUACUGCAGAGAUGAUGAGCACAGUAUCUGAGGAUCAACCAGAUGACCUCCCUCAAGAUGACACAACAAAGAAGUUUCGAGCUCACAAGGAGUUUGGUGACAGGCGUACGGGGGUAAUCAGCGCCCGGACUUAUUUCUACGAGGGAGAAGCCCAGUGUAACAAAAACAUGAAGACAUUCCUGAAUUGCAUUGAUGCAGUGUCAGAUGCGACAGAUGGUUCAGGAUUUGCAGCCAUAAAGUUAACUGCCCUUGGACGGCCACAGUUAUUGCUGCAGAUGUCGGAAGUGUUGGUACAAACACGAGUCUUCUUCAGGAAAUUCUGUUCAGGAUCAGGUGGCGAUACAUUCCUGAGCCGAAUCCAGCAGGGAACGCUGGACGCGACCGACAGUAUGGGGGUUCCCUUCAGCAGAGACGAGGCCAGGAACUGGCUAACGGUGCUGGACCUCAAGAUGAGUGACGUGGCAAGUACAGAUGAAUUGCAAGACAUUGCAGGGAGCACAGAUUUACUGGACUGGGAUAAUCUAAUGCGAGUGAAUGUGAACCUGUCCAAACUGUUUGUCGUUCCAAACUUAAAGACGGGUAAACUGGAAUCCCUGGUGACAGCACUUACCAAGAAGGAAGAAACUGAAAUGAAGAACAUGUUACAGCGUAUUAAUACCGUUGCACAGUACGCAGUGGAGAAGGGUGUUCGUGUGAUGAUAGACGCAGAGCAGUCGUACUUCCAACCAGCAAUCAGCCGCCUCACCAUGGAGAUGAUGAGGAAGUUCAACAGGAACGGAGCCUUCAUCUUCAACACUUACCAGAGUUAUCUGAAGCAAGCCUCUCACAACAUCAUGCUGGACAUGGAUCUAGCCAAUCGGGAAGGGUUUUACUUUGGCGCUAAGGUGGUGCGUGGGGCUUACAUGGAGCAGGAAAGAGAGCGCGCCGCGACGUUACACUAUGAGGAUCCCAUCAAUCCCACCUAUGAGGCGACAACUGUGAUGUACCACGGGAUCAUGCAUAACGUCAUGGCGGAGAUCAGACGCAGAGAGAUGGGGAAGAUUGCCGUCAUGGUGGCCAGCCAUAAUGAGGACACCGUGCGGUACACUGUCGAAAAGAUGAAGGAGUUUGGAAUUCGGCCCUCUGACCGCGUCAUCUGCUUCGGUCAACUCUUUGGCAUGUGUGACCAAGUAUCCUUCCCUCUGGGUCAAGCGGGUUACUCAGUAUACAAGUAUGUCCCUUAUGGUCCAGUGGAGGAUGUUAUCCCUUACCUGUCCAGGAGAGCCAUGGAGAACAAAGGCAUGUUGGCCAAAGUACAGAAAGAGAAACGCCUGCUCCGCACCGAAAUCAAAUCCAGACUGAAGAAAGGACAACUGUUCUUCACUCCUCCUCAGUAGUAACUAGUGCCAUUUGAUCUAUAGUCUGUGGAUUACCAGUACUGUGGUUCUGUGAGUUUUUCUUGUGUAAAGUGGUACGUGUAGAUGCAAGCAGUGCGGGGUUGUGUUUAAAGUCUGAGGUGUGUUGAAUUUAGAGGCACACCAAAAAUAUGAGAAGAAAAAAACAACAAAAAUAC